AUGGCUGAGGAGAUUUGGAAGAGGGUUGGUUCACGUGCUGCUCGUGCAGCUCAGAGGAUCAAUAUUGCGUGGGGAUUUAAGGGAGAGCUGGAAAAGCUGAAGUUGAAAUAUAGCACUAUUCAGGCAGUGCUACAAGAUGCAGAAAAAAGACAAGUUACGGAUGCAGACUCGAGGGUUUGGUUGGAUAAGCUUCGAGACAUAGCUUACCAAGCUGAAGAUGUGCUGGAUGAGCUUGAUUAUGAGAUUAUUCAACGGAAGCUGGAGACUCAAAACAGUAUGAAAGGGAAGGUAUGUAGCUUCUUCUCUCUCUCCAACCCAAUGGCAAUUUGUCUGAGGUUGGCCGCAGAACUUCAAAAGAUCAACGAGUCCCUCGAUGAGCUUCAAGAAACAGCAACUUCGUAUGGGCUUAGAGUUCUAUCUGCAGAUACAACCCCUCAACUGACAGACUCUUUCUUAUGCAGCUCAGAAGAUGUCAAAGGAAGGGGGGAUGAUGUCUCUAAAAUUAUUAACUUGUUGAUUAGUUCUUGCAGCCAACAAGUUCUUUCUGUCAUUCCUAUAGUGGGAAUGGCCGGGCUCGGAAAGACUACUGUAGCAAAAAUGGUGCACCGAGAAGUUAUAGAUAGAAAACUUUUUGAUGUAACAUUUUGGAUUUGUGUUUCUGAUAGUUUUGACGAUAAAAGGAUUUUACGAGAAAUGCUUCUAACUCUUGAUGAAAACACUUCUGGGAUAACUGAAAUGGAUGCAAUAAUGACACAUCUUCGAGAAGAGUUAGAGACUAAAACAUUUCUUCUCGUACUUGAUGAUGUGUGGAACGAAGAACAUGGGGAGUGGGAGAUUUUAAGGGAUUGUCUAUUAAAAAUUAGUGGUAAUAAUAGGAAUGUUGUUGUUGUUAAUACUCGUAGUAGACUAACAGCAUCAAUAAUGGAGAGUCAGUCGACUGCAUGUAGUCAUGAGCUGAAACAACUAUCAAAUAAUGAAUAUUGGUCAAUUAUUAGUGAAAUAGUGUCCAGAAAUGGAGAGUCUAUUCCUUCAGAAUUGGAGGCUAUCGGAAUAGAUAUUGCAAAAAAGUGUGGGGGAGUGCCAUUAGCUGCUAGAUUUUUUGGGACGAUUUUGCUUUAUGAAAAGGACAAGGAUAAAUGGAGUUCAAUAAGAGACAGUGAUGCUGUUGAGAUGUCAAGACACUAUGAUCGAAUUGAAAAGGAGAAACUGAUUCAGCUUUGGAUGGCUGAAGGGUUGCUCGAGUCAUCAGUUCGUGGGGAGAUGGAAGAUAUAGGUGAUAGAAAAAACCUUAAGAUUCAGCGACUGCCGAUCACUGAUAAAGCUUCCCAACAAAAUGGAAUAUUUGUGGGGCAGGAUAAGGGCCACAAAAUUGAAGAACUGGGAUGCUUGAAGGAACUAAGAGGGAAGUUGAGAAUAGUCAAUCUGGAGCAUGUAAGAGACAAAGAAGAAGCCAAGGGAGCAAACCUGUCUGGAAAAGGAAAUAUGAACACAUUGGUAUUGGUAUGGAGUUCAGAAAGAGAAAGCAGCAGUUCCAGCAUCAAUUACAAGGAUGUGUUGGAAGGCCUCCAGCCUCACCCAGACACACGAAGCUUAGAGAUUGAGAAUUAUCAGGGAGAUGAAUUCCCACAAUGGAUUAUGAUGCCAACACUCAAUAAUUUGGUGGUGCUGAAAUUGAAAGGCUGUAAAAAACUUCCUCCAGCAGUACAUCUUUCUCAUCUUGAAAUUCUUGAGAUAGAAGGAAUGGAUGGUGUGAAAAUAAUAGGUCAGGAGUUUUAUAGCAGUGGUGGAAGUGGAACGAAUCCAAUAUUCCCGAUAUUAAAAAGAUUGUCUGUAAUGGGCAUGCGUAGUCUAGUGGAAUGGAUGAUACCUGCAGCUAUAGCUGGUGGAGUACAAGUAGUAUUUCCUUGCCUCGAAGAGUUGUACAUUGAACGAUGUCCAAAGUUGGAAAGCAUCCCAUCCAUGAGCCAUCUUUCAUCAAAACUUGUAAGAUUGACAAUCAGAGACUGUAAUGCAUUGAGUCAUAUAACUGGUGAAUUUCAUGCCUCUGCGACAUCUCUAAAAUAUUUAACCAUAAUGCGUUGUUCCAAUCUGGCAUCCAUUCCAAGCCUUCAAAGCUGCAUAGCUCUGGAGGCGUUGUCUAUUUCUACAUGCUACAAUCUGGUAUCUUCUAUUAUUCUAGAAUCGUGUUCUCUUGUAAGUGUAUUCAUUGGUUGGUGUGGAAAAGCAAGUGUUCGAAUUAGUUGGCCACUAUCCUACGCAAAUAUGAAGGAAUUGAACAUCGAGAUCUGCGGGAAGUUUUUCUUUGAUGAUUUACAUGGAGGAAAAAUAUCAGCUGGUGUCGAAAUUUAA